AUUUUUUGGUGAGCUUACAUUUGCAUCGAAGUUACAUUAUGACAUCACAUAGUUAAGUUCUCUGUCUUGUAAUUCUAGAAUGGCUGGUUACAGUAACAUUCAAAGGCCGAUCAUAUAGAUGUGUAGAUCCGGUUUCCUUUUCCUCUCGAUCCUCUGAGUAUUUUCAGAGAAUUUAGGAAAAGAGAAUGUCGGACCAAUCCAAAUGCACCACCAUCUAUAUGUCUCGGGAGUUGAGACAGGCCAGCGACAAGGCUUUAUCGACAGGUGCUCAAGAGAUACGCUUUCCAGACCAUAAAUCACCACCAUCUCUUCGAAUUGGUCAAAUUCAGUCACACCAUUUGAGUUUAGGAAUCCGCCGCUCUUUCGCCUCCACGGACCUGCUCACCAAUGCGCAUCCGCAUUCAGCACACAGUGCACUUUCCUUGGACAGCCUGGAGGGGGUGCUAUCGCUACACUCAGACUCUAGAGUGGAGCUCCAGCCUACCAGUGACACCACCCUGAACCCCAGGAGCUCCCACAGCAGCCGGCUUUCCCUGGAGGCCAUAGCGCUGCCUGCAGGCGGGGAGGGGAAGUGCAGCGACGGAAAAAAGAGUUUGGGCACGGAGCACGAGGAGAACUGGCAGGACGCCAGGGACGGCGCCAGCGAGUUGCACCCUGAGGAUGAUGAGGAUUCGGGGUCCCUUGAGUCCAUCGAUGAGGAAGAGGAGGAGGAAGGGUUAAUGGUGGUAAACCUCAAAGCAAGUAAAGAGAAAAGGAAAAAGAGACAUGAUGUGGAGGGGACUUCAACUGAGAGCCCAUCAAAGUACCUACAGGAAUUCCAUAGUUUACCCAAGAGGCUAGUGCCCUCUGAGAUCACCCACUGUCUGUAUGAACUAGAGGAGGAGUGCAGGGGAGUGGAGAGAGAGAGUGACAGUGUCAAAUGGAAGAUGGAGCUAAUUCAUCGCAGCGUGGUCACAGUCCAGGAAACACUGCGGACUCUUCUGAAACGCCUGGUGGAGGCUCAGAGCAACGAAGCCCUGGACCCAACCCCAAUACCGACCACCCACCACCUCCUUUCCACCACCCACCACCGCCCCCCUCACUCACCCUCUCACUCCCUCUUCCACUCCGCCAACCCUCUCUUGCUGGCAGACGCCCCCACCAAGAUCCUUUCCACCUCCCAGGUGAACCAGGUGCCCUCCAACCUGUCCCAGUGUACACACCACCACUGCCUGGCUCACCGUUCCGUGGCGCGCCGUCCAUCCGAGACUUGCCUGACCGAGGCCAAUGCCACCCUGACCCAGGGCCACUGCUGCCCCAGGACCACAAGCCCUGGAACCGCCACCCUGACCAGCUGUGCCCAGCGGGGGAAGGAGAGGGCAGCAGCCCUCCAUGCCAUCACUGACCUGAGGAUGGACGUAGAGCACCUGCGCGCGGCCUAUGAGGAGGGGCGCCAGGAGCACCGGGAGACCCUGGGGGUGCUGAGGGCCUUCCAGAAGGACAUGGGUACCCUGGUGUCCCACUGGCAGAGAGACAGACAGGACAGACAGAAGCAGAGUGACGUCGGCCCACAGCUGGAGGCUAUCAGACAGCAAUCCAACAACGUUACUGAGAUGACUCGGCAGGCAGUUGCUGUGUUCGGUAAAGUGGGGCUUCAAUUGGAGGGGCUGGGAGCAGUAGGAACUCUGGUCCGCUCUGCCUCUACCAAGCUGACACCCAACAGCUCUCUACUGUGCCAGUGCUGCACUUCCAAGACAAUGGAUGGAGAGAGCAAAGAAGACUGAGAGCAAACAUAUAGUAUUGUCUUGAUUGAAACCGUUGAAAUAAAACGUUUAUCUGGAAAUCUUAUCUUC